AUGUCACAGCAAGGAACACCUCUUUUCGCGGAUUUAGUCUUGGGGGGCGGGGAGUUAUCACCCUCACGGCCCGACAGCCACGGUGCAAGAAGGCCACCCCUUUCUGCCUCCUGUGGUUCCUCAGUUGUCUUCUCCGUGGGCAGUAGGGAGAGCAGCUCCAGACGUAAAAAUCCUGUGAAGCCCCUUUCAAAAUGUGUAUCUUUUUUGAUACCACAUGAUGAUAAAAUUUACUCUCCGACGAGGAGUAGCCCCAUGAGAAAUGACGAGUCACAAUCCACGAUACACGGCAAUUCCGUAUGCCCUCUUGCAGUGCCGUCGCUUCAGCGCCGGAUCAACUCGGUAAGAAUGAAGGUUGGGCUUGCCGAGGCCAUUUUGCAGAAUGCAUCCAACACCACCAAGGUGUCUAUGUCACCAGAGAGGCGUCGAAAACACAUGGUGCAGCUGGAAAUAGCAAAGCUUAUUCUUUUUGUUGCGCGGCAACAAAAUGUCCGUGAGGAAAUGCAGCAACUGGGGCACCCGUUGGGUGUGUCAGACGCAAUUAUGUACCAUCGCCGUUCUAUUGUUAGCGAUAUUCCAUUUCUAGCGAGGGAGCCUCCUCCCGACUUGUCAAUUGGUGAACUAAAGCGAGCCACGUUUGAAAUGGAAGAGCAGCUGGCGGAGGUGAAGGCAACCAAACCACAGUCACAGCCGACUAUCUCUGCUGACCGAGUGUCAUCAAAUCUGCCAGAGCUUCUUUGGCUCAUUGAAUCAAUGGAUCUUCAAGUCCCAUACGAACAGUACACGAAUUUAGCUGAUGACUUCUCUGGCCCUACUGUCACCUCCCCCGUCGUUGCGUCAAUUACGGAACCUUUUCAGAAACCUCAAGAAGAGUGGCAACCACCACAACAACAAAAACGGAGGGAGUCACCUGCGCAACUGACAUCUCAGGAAUCCUCUUCAAAUGUUAUGAGGGGAGGUGUUUUGUCCAUGCUGGAAGCAGCAGGUACGAAUAUGUUAGAGUUUACACGCCUCAGCGGUGACACGACAGUAGUGCGAGAGGAGGAAGAUACAAAGAAAGAGGAUGAACUCAUCGGGUUCUCUGUGGAGGUUGAGUCGCCUGGAUGUACCACCGUGGAGGCAGCGGGUUUGAAACUGCUUCAGUUUAUGUAUGACGCCAUUGAUGCUAGUUCAGAGGAAUUGGGGCUGAUGAAUGGAAAAGACGAGGGAACUUUAGCAGUGGCAGAUCCUGGGAAAAAGACCCAGGACAAAGAAGAAAUUGUGCAUUCGAUGAAUGUCACAGAGAAGGACGCUUGUGAAACACAAUGCUCUUACAAGGCGUUUGACUCAACGACGCGGAACCCUGACGUAGCCUUGCAGCUUCACUCCACAAACAAGGAACCAGGCACCCUCACUACCACACAAGGGGAGGAGUCUGAGGACCAGGCACCAACAUGGGGGACAACAACGCCGGGACCAGAGUCCUUCUCUUCCUGGAGACAAUCCACAGGCUUUGAAGUUCCAGUGACCUAUCCUUUGUUGCAGCCGUCUCACCCCACAGUGGAGGUGCAUCCUCUUCGGGUUGAUCUCUAUGAAAUCCUUCAGGAGCUUUACAAAAACUUUAAUUAUAAUUAUUACUUUAGACAGUGUAAAGAGAAGAAGGAAGGUGCACGACGAAAAACAAAGGAGGAAUACAGUGAAGAGGUGGCGAGAUUAUUGGCCGGAAAAAAGAAGACACGGCAACAAAAUGCAAAUGACUCUCAGAAUAAUGAUGACGCAUUGCUUUCGACUUUGGAAAGAAAAAUUUCGGUAAGAACUCCAUCGCCCCGGAGGCAGAAGUCAACUGUCACCGUACAUGCAAGUACUACAGAUCAGCUAGAGGAGAACUCCACGGCAGCACCUGCUGAGCUGCCUCUGCCGGAGUUGCUCCUUAGUGAGGCCGUCCUUCCCAGUGAAUCAAUGGGCGUAGUAGAUGACGGUUCAACAGUGUUUUCAAUGGAGAUUGGCAAAGGUAUCCUCUUCGUGCUAAAGGGGCAGGGGAACCGGCAAAGCAGAACUGGAUCACUGAGUUUAACAAAUGGGAAGAAGAAUAAGAAGUCCCCAAAUAAGCAGGGAAGUGAAGCAGAUAAGGAAGCCAGUGAUAAAUCCAGGAACGCGGCACAGAACAAAAUGAAACAGCCAUAUUUUGACCGUUACACAUUGUACGCUGUAAAUCAAUCCGACAGUCCACAACGAGCGACCGUGGAGACAAAUGCAACAAAACUAAAAAACCUGAAAAUUAAGGCACUGCUCAACUAUACGGACAAUAAUAAAACAAUUGCGGUGGACGUGCCCCCCUUUAGCACCAUCUCGGUGUUGACAUUGAAUUCCAUAAAAAAAGGACGCCGAGUGGUAUUUGAUGGAGCGCUGAAUUUUUACGAGGGGGCCCCGGUUAAAAAUGAACCACAAGCAAAAAAAGUUAUUGACACUAAACGUUCAUCAAAAUUAUCCUUUGCUUCCUUGUCAGCGAAGAUUGUUCACUCAGUCGCAUCUGAAGUGGUAAAUGAGGAGGUGGACACUAAUGUGGAGCCUCUCGUGAAAGAUGCAUCUGCUGCUUUAUCUGAAGAAAGGGAAAAAGAGGAUACAACGGAGGUCAAUGAAGUCCCUGUAGUAGUAGCAGGAGCAUCAGCAGCAGCAGGCAUAACGGAACCACUAGUGCAAGGAAACGAGACGAUGGAUCAUGAGGAGGCUACGGAAGUUGGUACUCGGCGUGUCUUUUCCAGGCAUAAUUUUAAACCGCUGCUGUUAAACUCUAUUGAAAGUACUGAGGAUCUUGGAUCAGAAAUCAAUUCUCAGACUGGAAGUAGUUUCUCGGAAAAUGGUCCUGCAACGAAGAAGGUGAAAAAGUGGGAUGUCAAUGUCAUGAAUGCUACCCUGACAAAGCCCAAGGAAGCCGCAACAGCAAUCAAGAGAAGAGAAUCAGUAAGAAGCACUAUAGAAACCGCAAAAGGGGGUAAAGCAAAGGAUGAACCCAGAAAGAGUCGAACGAGUGAAGCAGCUGGUAAUUUGGAAAGUGCAACUCGAGUAGGUGAACGGGGAGUUGCCCUUUCAAAUGAAGAUGAUGAGGCAUUUGAAAAUAAUUGUGUGGUAUUGUCAGUACUUCAGGCAUCUGAGUGGCAAGGAGCUUUGACAGAUGGGAGGCGUUCUUCUGAAAAGGGUCCCUUUCUCUCAACGAUGGUGAGUACUGGAUCAAAAGCGAUGAAUGAGAAGGAACAAGUUGUCGGUGAGGGGAAGGUGAAUGCUGUGGAGGGUGCUACUUCUACCCCUUCCGCUUUAACUUCCGUGUCACAGCGGGUCCCGAGUGCGGGUUUCCGUCAGGGAAAAAAUAAAGAGGAGGAUAUAAUUGCGGCUGCUCUUUACCCUAGUGAACACGAAGAGACUUUGCGGGUGGAGGAAAUGGUAGCUGGUGUUCUCCAGCGUAUUGCAGACGAGGAAAUGUUAGAGACAGGCCAUCAGCUGGAAACAGACGGUUUUUCUUUCUCUAAGAAAGAUGGUGAGACCCCGCUGCGUGCUGGGUCAGCAGCACUGUGGCGACACAAGAUGAAACCUCAACCACAAGAUGAUCAAGUUCAGUUUGGACCGCGGAGUGAAUUGGAGCAGCAACCCUCGUCUUCAACACUGAGGGAUGGGGCUGAGUUACCGUCGGGAUUAAUCACGGAAAUCCAGAAGUUACAAAGUCCCUCUGCCACAGCUGGAAUUAAGGUUAGUGGUGAGAGCAAGGAAGGGGGAUCCAUCAUCAGAGCAUUUACUCCUAACAAGGUGUCUUCAGGGAAUUCUGUUGCAACUGUGGAUGUAUCGCAGCAGCCGAGCGUCGAUCUGGUGGAAAAGUCUUCAGCCCAACUCAUGAGUUUAGAUGGCCGUUAUCAACCCUCUGCAACAAUGGGUGAAACUUCUGCUUCUGUGCUAUAUUGUGAGGGAUGCCUCGCAUCUCAUCACCAUCACCAUACUGUUUUUCCGACAUCAGGUAUCAAUAAAGCCGGAGAGGAUGCACGCACCCCUAUCGAAAUUGGUUUUGGGAUGGAGCAGCUGAGCUGCAUGGAGAGCAGCAAAGGGGGAAUUGCAGUGGAGGAGUUGAGGGCGGAGUCAGUUGCUUUGCCUGCUCUGGAGGAACCUGAAAUUAAUUCAAAUGCGUUAUUGGUAGGUGUCGACAAGGCCAAAAGGAGAGAAACGCCCAUCCCUAGACCCCCCAGUCGUCAAGGCGCACAGGGGCGUGACAUGCUGUCACCCGAGAUGCCCAUCACCCCUACGCGCCAAUAUGCAUACACAGAUGUUCGACCAGGUGGAAGAGUCGCAGUUCUUGCUCCUAAAACAAUGGAGACUAUGGGACCGACACCUUUAUCUAGCUUGCUAGAUAAAGGCAAGGCCUCAGGGAAGCCAUUACGGGCGGAAGGGAUUGCAGAAAAUAUUCGCAUAUCUUUGCAUGGUUUUGCGCGUCAAGCCACGUCCCACAGUAACCAGCUUCCCAUCUCUCAGCUUACUCCCACAACUGCAAGUAUGACGGCAGCAAUCACAGGAAAAAGAGGUGUUAAUGACAUGCGCUAUGCAAAACUGCCACCGCUUUCUCUUUACGGUCCUGAUACUCUUCAGGACGUGGAUGACUUUGCGGCUGGGGAGGAAGAAGCAAAGGCUCUUUUUCUACAAGACCCUGCACGCUACGAUUGUGUUGUUGACGACCUUAUAAGGCGCGCCACAAUGAAGGUUCAAGAGGAGGAAGGGCGAGAAAAAUUGAGAAGAGACGCCGUGGCACGUGCUAUGGGUGAGGGUAAACUGAAAGAGAAUUUGGUGUAUGCGUCUAAUCGAAGCCAGAGACACGCUAUAACCCAUCGACAAGUACCCCUGACAGCGUUACAAUUUGGUGGUUCCAUCGCCGUUGGAACUAGUGGUGCUAGUAUGGAUUCAACUGUACGACACGGGGUGCACCUUUCGCAGAGGGAGAGUUUGACCGAUGAGAGCCUGCACUCACUCUUAUCCCAGAGGCAACACGGUGACGCAGUGAAAAGUGGAGUUACGAAUGAGCUGAACCUAAUUCUAGAAGAGCAGCGCCGUGCAAAGAAAAUUGUGGCCUAUGUUCUUAUAGAAAUGCGUCGCAUGUGGCAACGGCGGGAGUUAGAGUCCAAACUUGCUAUCCGUGCCGCCAUAGACCGCUUCAUUUAUCGCUCCGUUCUCUUCUCAUGGCAGUUUGAGAGGCGUCGUGUGCUUAAUGUACAGAAGCUUAUCCAUCUCCUGGACCGCAAGACCGGCCGCGUGGGUGGGUGGAUUCCGUUCUACGUGAGGGAUCGUGUCAUAGAGGACCGAUUUGUUUGGGAGCCUGUACCACCGCACCUUUCACAUCCGCUGCGUGUUGUUCAUCGGGCAAUGUGUCUUGCCAAACAGCAACGGAUGUAUCCUCUUCGUAUCGUACGGCGGGAAGCUCGCAAAAACCCAUCGCAGCAGAUACUAUACGGUUACAAGCGUACAUUAGUUGAGCCGUCUAUGACUUCUGCCGUGCGCUACCGUCUGGCGCGACGCUUUUCGCUACGCCGCGCCCUUUCAGCAUCCUACGUCGUGUUUUUCUCCGCAGCUAGAGUGGAGGGAUGGAACGCCGCGGAAGUGAAACAGACGUUGGUCUCAGUAGCAGUAAUUGUAUUACUGGUGGCUAACUUGCUCAUGUUUGUAUACACAAUGUAUGUAUAUAUAUAUAUGUAUAUAUAUUUAUCUAUUGGGUUUUUUGUGGCAUUCUGCAACAGUGAAUUAUAUAAACUAAUUAUUUUAAGAAAUUGUGCCGAGGUAACAAAGGAAAUGUUUGGAAUAAGUGCGUUGAAGGAUUUAAGUAAGUGUAUGCGUUGCUUGUAUAUUGUUUUUUAUAUGUUUUUUUUUGUAUUAUGUUUUACUAUCAUGUAG